AUGAGCCAACAACAGGGCUACUACCAACAAGGUCCUCCGCCACAACAAGGUUAUUACCAACAAGGUCCUCCGCCACAACAAGGUUAUUACCAACAAGGUCCACCACAACAGGGCUACCCUCAACAACAGCCAGUCUACGUCCAACAAGGUCAACAGAAGGAAGAGAGCUGCUUGGAUAGCUGCUUAAAAUGUCUAUGUUGUUGCUUCCUAUUAGAGUUAGUUUGCGGUAACUGA